AUGGAGGAUUGGAGAGUAACUAUUAAAGAUUUUGAGCGUCAAGAGUUGGUGCAGAGAUUGAUGCAUUUGUUAAAGCAUGAAAAAGAUGAUGGAAAUCUAUUUGAAAGAGCUAACAAUCUAGAGAAAAAGAUUUUUGAUAUGAAACAUGAUUCUCAGAGACAGCAACAGCAGCAACAACCACAACCAAUGCAAGCUCAACAGCCGCAACAACAACAGACUUUACAACAACAGCAACCUAUGCAACAGCAACAGCCAAUGCAGCAACAACAGCAACAACCUAUGCAGCAGCAGCCUAUACAACAACAACAACAACAACAACAACAACAACCUAUGCAGCAGCAACAACAACCUAUGCAACAGCAACAACAACCAAUGCAACAACAACAGUUUCAAACACAACAGCAACCAAAUGGACAUAUGAAUAUGCAACAACAACCAAUGCAACAACAACAACAACAACAACCACAACAGCAACCAAAUGGACAUAUGAAUAUACAACAACAGCAACAACAACCUCAUCCACCAAAUUUAAAACAACAACCCCAAAUGCAACAUCAUCCUGUAAAUUCUAAUUUUCAAAAUCAAUACAACCAAAAUAUGCUACCUCAACAACAAAUACAAAAUACCAAUUUUAAUCCACAGCAACAACAACAACAACAGCAACAACAACAACAGCAGCAGCAGCAGCAGCAGCAGCAGCAACAGCAACAUGUACCUGUUGGAAAUGCUGGAGCAGCAACUGUGACCACACAAAGUCCACAUCUUUUUAAUGGUCCUGCAGGUCAGUCUCAACAGCAACAACAACAACAACCACAACAGCAACAAAGAGUAAUGACACAACCAGGUCAGUCACCAAUGAUGAACUUACAACAACCAGGACAACAAGGACAACCACAUACACAACCACAACCACAACAACAACAAAUUUCAAUAGCUAUACUAAAUAAACUUGCAACGACCAAUCCACAACUUCAACAACUUCUUGCACUCUACCAGCAAAAGAGUAUGAGAAACAACGAGAUUGACAAGAACCCUGCGUUCCAAAGCGAAUCAGAACAACUUAAAUCGGAAAUGCAGGGAAUAUAUAUACAGAUUCAUCAGACCGCUAAACAACAGAUUAUUGCACAACAACAAGCCCAUGCCCAGGCACAAGCACAAGGACAACAACAGCAGCAACAACAACAACAACAACAUCCAAAUCAACAACCACAACAGCAAUUACAAACCCAACCGAACCAACAAUCAACAAUGAACAUGCAACAACACCCACAACAACAACCACUUCCUUCUGCUAACAUGCCACCUCUUCCCACUGGAAAGAUCGCCGCCAAACAACAAGCGACACAACCAAACAAUACCAUUCCGAAUGCAGGAGUAAUCGGAGGUGCUGCAGUACAGCCACCCGCUCUCAACAGAGGAAACCAACCUCCACCUAACCCAUUCCAACCGGGUGCACCAUCGCCAUUAGUAGCAUCGUCAGCGAAAUUCAGUGCCAAUACACCACCACCACCACCACCUCAAGUACAUCCACAACACCAACAAAACCAACAACCAUCACCACACCUUCCAAGCAAACCAACAAUGCCCGAUCAGAAAUAUUGGGACUCCAUCAAGAAGCUCAAGUCAAUCAUCCCAACUGUCGAACCCAUCAUACAAAACGUCGACUCAUCCAAUCCACAGAUGGCAAACAACAAGAAGCGACUUCUCGAUCUCAUCAACCUAGUCAAGCAAACCAAUGAAACACCUCUUAUUAAAUAUGAAGAUCUUGAAAAUGGUGAGAAAAUGUUGACAACCAUCUAUCAUAAUUUACAAAAUGAAGAACAACAUAUGAAAACCUUUAUUAAUUCACUUAAUGGAACAUCAAACGAUACAUUGUUGUCCAUUGAAAAGGAUAUUCUCUCAACUUUUGAACGAUCAAAGAGAUUCAUUUCCAAUUCCUAUUUGGAUAGGGCCGGUGGAGUUACAUCGAGAACUCAUAUACUAUGGUUCAAGAAUCCAAUUCUUCAUAAUCCAUUCACAGACGCACCACCUAGCAGAGAUAUCACACCAAAGCGUAAAUCAUAUUUAAAGGAACUGGCAGAUUCUGAACUUUACAAAAAGCAAAGAACCUCCAACGAUCCACACGAAAAGAAAAAGUUAUUUAUCAAUGAACUAAAGAAUGAUUUAAUUAAGAAAUCAAAAUUAGAUAAUACACUAUUACCUGCUGUAUUAAUAGAUAAUGAUAGUUCUGAAGUAUCAUCACUGUGGAAAGGAUCUAAAUCGAAUCCACCGCUUUUCAUUCAAAAUACUCCAUCCAUUCAGAUCUCAACGGAUGCAGAACUCUAUUUGGUACAACCACUCUGUAAUUGGCAGUGGGAGAAUGCCGACUCGAUUCUCUCUUACUACAAGCGAUCGUUGGUGCGUGGCGAUCGUAUCAAACAGGAAAUUCAGUCUGCAGUUCAACGCAAUCUCUACACGAUCGAGACGAUACUCGACGAAAAAGAUUCUACUCUCAGACUUCAUUUUACUUUCAAUGAGGAGUCCAAUAGACCACCGGUAACUCUGAUCGUGGAGGUGCCAGAUGCCUACCCAAGUCAACCCGCCCAAUUCAAAUUCCCACUGGAAUACGAAAUUUCACCGUUCCUCAAGAACAUUCAGAAAUCAAUGUUGAGUGAACUCUCAAAGCUACAACAAAAAGCACAACAAAGUAGUCCUUCACCAACAACCUCGUCUACAUCGUCAUCAUCCAACGUCAACAAGGAAAAGAUUGAACAAUCCGAAUCACAUGGAAAUAUCACUGAUAUAUUAGAUAUUUUUGAAGAGUCAAUCAAUAAUUUAAUAGAUGUCUCUUUUUAA